CUUUUCUUCUUCAAUGCCGACCCGUCUUCUUCCGGAAACGACACAUUCACGCUCAGCGCGGUGUUACGACGCGCUUUGCCUCGGCCGCAGCCAUACCCGGCACGGCGCGCAAUCCGGGGUGCAAGGGCUUGCGAGCUGGUCUCUUGUCUCUGGUUAACGAAGGGCGAGCGCAGGUUGCAGGAAAGCUUCAGAGCGGCUCGCGUCGGAACCGGUGCUUGUGCUGGCGGGAAGAUGGCUAUCUACCCGACUGUGUCUGUGCAACUGAGGCAUACGUUUCUUUCCCAUAACCUUGAAAGAGCGGCAAGCUAUUGCAUCCCGUCUUGCCCCCUGGUUGCCCCACUUGCCCGCUUCAAGUUUCCACCUGCGUCGGCCCACUGCCAUGCAUUCGAUUUGGAUGGCUUGCCAGCGACCUUCGAGUUGCGAGCGCUGUUCAUUGGAAAACGGAGGAUCGGCGCAAACAGCACGGAAGCGGGGUCGGAGGUGCGCUGCCUCCCAGCCUGUCGGUCCGAACUUCCUCUUCGUUCCUGCCGCACUAUACAAAGUCAUCUGCACGCAAUGCCACGCAUCCCUACCUUCUUUCCUCCCAUUGCUGGUUGCGGGCCCAUAAUCAAUAGUCAAUAG